AAUCGGCGAAACUCCCCCGCGACGCUUUGGGAUCGGCACAAUGAGGCCGCAGCGGCCUGACUCCUUCAAACACGUUGCCGUCCAAUGGACAAGCGUUCCAUGCGGAGAUGCCUCGGGUUUCGACCUCGUACACAUAGUUCCGUGGUUGUGGGCGUGAACUGCUGCAGGGCCGUGGAUCUCUGUUCCAGGAGUGGUGAUCGCACCUUAAAAGGGAGACAACUUCCAGCAGCAACUCUUCAUCUUGAGAACAGCCGAAUCACAUACAAAAUGGCCAACGAAAUCGAGGAACUGAAGAAAGUGGUUGCUUCGCUGCAAAAGGAGGUAUCGCGACUGAGCGACCAGGAGGAAGUCCGCAAACUGCAGUACAAGUACGGCUACUAUCUUGACAAAUGCCUGUACAAAGAGGUCGCUGAGCUGUAUUCGGAUCACCCCGAUACCUGCGUAGAGUUCCUCGGGGGACGAUACAAUGGCAAAGAGGGCGUCAAGCGCCUCUACAUAGGCCGUUUCGCCAAAAGCUUCGUAGCCGGCCGCAAUGGGCCGGUACACGGCUUCCUGCUCGACCACCCCCAGAUCCAGGGCAUAGUCGACGUCAAUCCCGAAGGCACCCGAGCCAAAGGACGAUUCCGCAGCAUGAUGUCCGCCGGGACACACGAGAGUGUAAAGGAUACCCAUCCUCGCGGCCUCGUACAAUGGUGGGAAGGAGGCAUCUACGAGAACGAGUACAUCAAGGAGGAUGGCGUAUGGAAGAUAUUUCGCCUGAAAUACUUCCCCUUCUGGCACGCUGCAUUCGACAAGGGCUGGUCUUACACCAAGCCGAAUUACGUUCCAUUCCUCUCGACCACGUAUCCCAAUGAUCCGCAAGGGCCGGACGAGCUCUGCGAGCACCCAAUGCUGUGGCCUGACACUCGUGUUGUGCCUUUCCACUACGAGCAUCCGGUCACAGGCAAUCCAGUUGCUGACGAUGAUUUGCGGGCGCCACAUUACGGGCAGGAUCCCAGCACUGGUGCACCGCCGCUUGUUCUCAGCAAACCAAAGUCGGAGGCGUAGUUAGAGUCUUGAGAUCGUAUUGUACGAAUAUAUGCUCACGAACUUUCCAUUUCUGUUGCCACGCAUGCUGAUCUGAACCUAUCUUUUCAUAUGCUCGUGUAUCUAGGUCUCUUGAUCGCGUGGGGUUUUCAUGAUAUAUGAUAAACACAGACAUCUUGUUUGCCUUAGCAUUGCCUUCUACCU